AUGAAGCAAAAUUCUACCUUGGCUUCUGAAAUAAGUCACAUAUGGCAUUUCCCAUCCGAUCACACCAUUUGCAUCGAGCUUAAAAACAACACGAGAUGCCCUCGCCCUGCAUUUCUUGGAAGACUAUCUGGUCCAUCGCUAGCCAUGCUGGACUGGGGAAGGGAAACUGAUGAAAAGUUUGGCCCAUUGAUGCGCUGCGGAUCGUACGAAUACCAAUGGCUCUCGGCUGGGAUGUAUUUCUUAGAAGUCAUCGGUCUGUUCUGCGAGGACUUUGGAGUCAACUCGCUAAAGAGGAAAGAAAACGAAUUAGAUUGGUUAUCAUUCGAUUUCAAGCACAAGUGCAUGGAAGAUCCGAACAGCAAUCGUAUCACUGAUGAAGGAUCUUACCUUAUGAUUAAAGAAGACCAAAAUACAGCUUCGGGUCCUACUCCCAAAGGAAGAUGGGUGUUUCAAACAACACUAGGAUCAAAACCAGUGCCAUUACAUAGCCGAUAUCAACCGCAAGGCUGCCUACGAAACCCAGAUCAAGAGAUAUGUGAGAAUCCUACUGACGGUACAGCUUUGGGGUUUUAUUCUUUUGAGUGGGAGGGAAACGUUGGUGAACGUUGGCGUGAACGCAUCAACAUCACACGGGACUCCCGAAACUUUCCAAAAGUGUGCUUCUUUGGGUUUUCGCACAGUCGGGAGCUUGAGUCUGCGUUCGAAAGAAUUGGUUUGGGCAAACAUGUAGCCCAUGUCAAAGCAAAAUACCCAGAGGAUAUUACCGUUUCUCUAUUGAACUACUCCUACGUGGAACGUGGUUGCACUGCUUUCAUUAUUGCAGUUGCACAAUGGCCGGGAAGUAGAUUUCAAGGGUUUCCAUACUUGUUUGAUCGGUUUUAUGCUGGGAUGAAACAGAUGGCCGAGACUGCUAUUCGAUUAUUCGCUGAUAGAGCAGAUGAGGUCAGAGUCUAUUUAAGAUCCAUCCAUGAAAUUCCAAUCGGCGAAAGAACUGGUAGCUGUCCCAUGAGUGACUGGCGGUCACCUGUGGUAAUGCAUGCAUACAGCCAUUUGGUGGAAAAAGCAGUUCGGGAGAUAAGAGAGCGAGAUGAAGCUGGCAACAAGAUCAUUCGUUUUUUGGAUACAAGCUUCAUAAUUUCGCCAAUGUGGGACAGUGCACCAGAUUGGGGACAUCUGCCCCUCAAUGUAACCGACGAAGAAGCACUAUUCAUGGCUUCAGUGGUGUCAAAUAACUUUUUAGACUGCAGAUAG